UUUACAAAAUAUCGUCAGUAAGUUAAAAAUUCAUGCAUAAAAACAACAAAUAAGAAUGUUCUGAGUUUAAUAACAGUAAUAACUGAAUGAAGACAUCAUGGUUUUAGUUAUUAAAGUUUUCGUGUUUCUUAUUAUUAUUAUUUUCAGUGUUGGAUCAAUUUCAACAUGGGAUCGAUUUGAAAGUUAUUUUGAUAUUAGUGACAACACUACUUUAAAUAUUCUGCCAGAGUACAAGAUAGAACGCUAUAUCUUUCCAGACGUAUUACCAAAUUCAGAAUCCGCCGUAAAAAAUGAAAAGGAAAACGAUGCAACAAUACUUUAUAGAAUCUCAUGUGGUCCAAAAUCAUUUCAGUGUAAUGGAAAAAGACCUGCUUUAAUUCAACAUGGUUUUUUAUGUAACUCAGAAUCUUGUUUUGCCAAUAAACCUCUUAUUGCCGUAGUUUAUUUACUCGUUGAUCAAGGCUAUGAUAUUUGGCUUGGAUUAAGCAAUUCAAGUGUCAUCGAACAUUCAAUAUCAGAUGAAACAAUGGAAAAAGAAAAACUAGCAAAAAUAGCUCAAUAUAUACUUGCCUCAACUGAUCAACCUGAGUUACUAGUGAUGGGUUAUUAUAACGAUUCUAUCCAAUUUUUUGGAAUCUCAGCACACAAAUCUGAAAAAUCAAAAUUUUCUGAAUGGUUGGAAAAAAUUCCUGGAGUUAAAAGUAUUAAAAAAUGGUCUAUUAAUAUUUACAACAAAGGAAAAAGUUAUUUUACACGUGGUUAUAAUAAAGUUGUUGAAAGUUUGGAUGUUUUAGGAAAAAAAUUAGACUUUGUUAUUGACAAUAAACCAAUUCAUGAUCUUAAGGAAAAAGUUUUGAAAUCUUGGGGUAUAAUUCAGUCAAUGGUAAUGCCAACUCUAACCAUAGAUGACUUUUCAAAAAUGAUCAAUCAUCCUGAUGUUUACUUGGAUGUGCCGCAAUUAAUUACUAAAUAUGGUUACAAAGUGGAGACUCAUGAAGUAAAGACAAUUGAUGGCUAUUUGCUAUCGAUGCACAGGAUAACUGGUAAGAUCAAUGAAUCAUCAAAACUUCAAAAACCAGUUGUUUUCCUUCAGCAUGGAAUUUUAGCUAGUUCUGCUAUUUGGAUACUCACAGGCCCACAAAAAGGACUGGGCUACAUACUUGCUGAUGAAGGAUAUGAUGUAUGGAUGGGAAAUUCUAGAGGAAAUAUAUAUUCACAAGCACAUGAGAAUUUGACAACAAUGGAUUCAAAAUUUUGGGAUUUUAGUUGGCAUGAAAUGGGAGUUUAUGAUUUACCAGCAAGCAUCGACUAUAUUUUAUCUGUUACUGAACACAAAAAACUCUACUAUUUGGCUCAUUCACAAGGUACCACUUCAUUCUUUGUUAUGAUGUCUGAAAAGCCAGAAUACAAUGAUAAAGUAAUUAAGUUUGCGGCAUAUGCACCCAUUGUUUAUGUUUCACAUGUUCAAAGUCCUAUUGUUGAUUUUUUUGCUAAAAUUUCUCGACCAAUCUAUCGUACGUUUGAGUUGUUAAAAAUUCAUGACUUUUUACCAACCAAUGCACUUUUAACUAGAAUUGGAAGAAACACUUGUGAGGCUCGAUCCUUAUAUCAAGUUAUCUGUAGCAAUGCAUUAUUUAUGAUCACUGGAUAUGAUUCAGCUCAGAUAAAUAAAACUGUGGUACCAGUUAUUUUAGGUCAUUUGCCAGCAGGAAGUUCAAUAAAGCAAUUUUUCCAUUAUGGUCAAAUGAUGAAUUCAAAAAAAUUUCAAAAAUUCAAUUAUAAUGAUCCUAAAAAAAAUAUGGAAAUUUAUGGUCAAUUAGAGCCUCCUGAAUAUAAAUUAAAUAAUACAAAAGUACCUGUGGCCAUUUUUCAUGGUGCUAAUGAUUUACUUGCUGAUUCUAACGAUGUAGCAAAAUUAGCAAAUGAAUUACCAAAUUUAAAAUUAAAUUAUAAAGUACCCAUGGAAUUUUUUAAUCAUAUUGACUUUAUGUUUGCCAUUGAUGCACCAGUUUUAUUGUAUCAACCAACGAUAUCUUUCUUUCAACAAUUAAAUGAUACAUUAACAGAAAGUACAAAGUAAUUUAUUUAAAAUAUUGACUACUUGAAGUGUAAUCAAACCACUGUAACAAAAUAUAUUUUAAUAACUCUAUAAAAUCUUGUUAUGGAAUAUUUAAUUUGUAUCGCAAAAAAAAACUUUCUU